AUGGCUGAUAGACACAGAGGUCGUGGUAGACCCAGAACCCAGAAUUUAGACUAUGAACCGCCAAGUGGUAGUGAAGGGGUUCCACAAGAAGCUGCAGGUGGUAGUUUCCGAGAAUUCUUCUGCAUGAAUCCUCCUGAAUUCCAUGGUGGGUUGAAUCCUGUGAAGGCUCAGGAGUGGAUAACCAGCAUGGAAAGGAUUUUUCAGAUAGUGCAUUGUAGUGAAGAGAAUAAGGUUGUGUUUACUUCUCACAUGAUGAAGGGUCCAACUCUUAGACAGGGUACUAUGAUAGUAGUUGCGUAUGCUGAGAAGUUCGAAGAUAUGGUUGCUUAUUCUAGACAGGCCGCGUACGCACAUGAUGAGAGAUGGAAGAUUGAUCAGUUUCUUUUUGGUCUAAGGGGUGAAAUUUCUCAUAGUGUUUCACAAAGGGAAUUCACUACUUAUGCUAAAUUGUUAAGGCAAUGUUAUGUGGCUGAGAACAGUUUGAGGAAAGUUCAAGAAGAAAGGGAUCAAUAUAGGAGUGGAUAG